GAAGCCCAUGCUGGAUUAUCCAUUUCCGGUUGAAUUUAAACUGAAAACAGAACAGACUGAGCCCUGAAAUUUGUUCUAUUUUUUAUUUAAUUAUUAUUUUAUAUGUUUGACCGAUUCUGUUCAACUGCGUCCACUCAAAGCUCAGAUGAAUCGAAAGCUGCACGACGACGGAUUCUGAUUUCGCUGGAAGAUGAGUUUGUGUGAUCUCUUAUUGGGAUCGAGAAUUGCUACAAUUUCUAAAUAUUUGAUUUCCACGGAUCUAAAUAGGAGAAUUCGUUAGAGUGGGAUUUUGUAAUGGAUAAAAAUGUAAUUCUGGCGGUGUUUUUGUUGUUUUCCAUUGUCGCCACCGAUGUUUCCAAUGCUAAAUUUCGCCACUUAGCUGCGGUGGAUCCAAACGAUAACUCCGCUGCAACUCAAGGUUCGGGUGCUAAUAAACCUGCUGAAGCUGGGAAGAAGAAGGAGCCAGAUACAGUGGACAGUCCAUCGCUGUUGGAUGCAAAAGAUUUAAAUAAUAGGGAUUUGGUGAGUCCACCUCCACUCAACGAAACAACUGAUAAUAGUAAAAGUCCUACGGAUUUAGUGAAUCCUACCGUCCAAAACAAAGCUAUUGAUAGCCCAAACGGAUCCAAUAAUACAGAUGAUGCUAAGAAUUCUACGGGUUCUGAUGAAAAGGAUUCUGCAUUGAGUCAUCCUGGUAAGGAAAAGACUAUGAACAAUACUAGCGAUACGGUUUUGAGUCCUCAAGUUAAAGGUACGAACAAUGGGAAGAAUAAGGGAACAAAUCAUGUGAAGAAUGAGGGAACAGAUAAUGAGAAGAAGGAUGAAACAGAUAGUGGGAAAAAGGAUGGAGCAGAUGGUGGGAAGAAGGGAACAGAUAGUGGAAAGAAGGAUGGAACAGACAAUAGGAAGGAGGGAAUAAAUAGUGGGAAGAGUGAAGAAAGAGAUAAUAGGAAGGGAAAUGAUAAUGGGAAGGACGGAACAGAUAGUGGGAAAGAGGCAACAGAUAGUGGGAAGGAGGCAGCAGACAGUGGGAAGAAGGAUGGAACAGAUAGUAACAAGAAGGACAAAAUGAAAGAGGAUAAUAAUGAGGAUGAAAGGGAUUCAGAGGCUGGGGUUGAUGAAACUUGUAUGGGGCUACCUGAUCAGUGCACUUCGAAUGGACUUAUUGCCUGUAUUCAGAGUUUUGACGCUGGGACCAGAAAUUGGACUGUUCUUGUCCAAAAUGAAGGAGAAAAGCCUUUGAGAGUGAAUCUUACUGUCCUGACAGCUGCUGAAAAUCCUGUCAAGCAACUUGAAAUAUCCAAACACAGAGCCAAAAAGAUAAUUAUCUCAUCAGCUGCUGGCAAGGGCAACAAAGUGAUAGUUAAUACUGGAUCGGGGAAAUGCGUUCUUCACAUGAACUCUCGGACAUCUGGAGAGAAGUUUUUUGUGUACCUCCCUUCUUAUGACCACCUAUUGACCCCCAUCAAUGGUGCCUACUUCUUGAUUCUGUCGGUUCUAAUUUUCGGAGGGACAUGGGCUUGCUGCAAGUUGAGGAAAAGGAGAUGGCAUGACAGAGUCCCUUAUCAAGAACUUGAAAUGGGAUUGCCCAAAUCUUUUUCAGCUACCAAUGUGGAAACGGCAGAAGGUUGGGAUGAAGGGUGGGACGAGGACUGGGAUGACAAUAAUGCAGUCAAGUCUUCUGGGUCACCACAUAUGGGAAACAUUUCCGCCAACGGUCUUACUUCUAGGUCUACAACCAAAGAUGGUUGGGAAAAUGACUGGGAUUAGUAAGAUUUACAACAGAAGUCGAUAUAUGAGAUUUCGACCAGGGAAGUGGAUGAUGAGGAGAAAAAACAGAAAGAUACACAGAACUUUAGGAGAUUGAACCAUAGAAUGUAAAUUAUUCACAAAAGUUGUGAGUCCUUCAAAGUGGUCCAUAGGCCGCUUUUAAUUUCUGCGUUUUGUAGUUGCUAUUGGCUCAUUUUGUUCUGUAAAAUAAAUGACGGCGAUCACUUUAUUAGUGUGUAUCAAUUUGUUUAUUUAAAAUAGAUACACAUAAUUUUAUUA